UCUCUCUCUCUGAAUCCUCAAGAUAUAGCUAGGAGCUGCGCUCCCUCUCGCUCUCUUGCUCACACACACCUCUCGCUGUCUCCUCGGCUUGCCUCACUAAUCACUGCACCUCCACCACCAUACCACCACUACUAGUACCUCCCCCAUAUGCUUGCUUCCCUCUCGAUCCCUCUCCUCCUCCCUCCCGUUUCAUAAGCCCACAGCCAGCCACAGCGCCAAGAACAAUCGAGCUACUACACCAUCGAUCUAUCUCCCACAGGCAGCAAGGCAGUACAGCGUAGCGCCUAUGUCGGGCGAGUUCCAGUUCCACGACGAGCUCGCGUCGCUCUUCACGCAGCGGCCGGGGCCGGGGAUGCAGCAGCAGGAGCAGCAGGCCUCCUGGCUCGCCGACUACCUGCAGACGCCCAUGGACUACGAUCUGCUGUGCAGGGCGCUGGAGCUGCCGGCCGCGGAGGACGUCGUCAAGAGGGAGCUGGUGGUGGACACCACGCCAAGCGGCGGCGGCGCCCUCACUCCCAGCGCCGGCGGGGGGACGCCCAACGCCACGUCGUCCAUGUCGUCCUCGUCGAGCGAGGCCGGCGGAGGCCUCUGCGCCGGAGAGGGGGACUCGGCGGGGAGGUGCAAGAAGGAGGACGGCGACGGGGAGGACGGCAAGGGGGGAGACGAGGGUGACAAGAGCAAGAAAGGGUCUGCGGCUAAGGGCGGCAAGGCGGGCAAGGGCGAGAAGCGUCCGCGGCAGCCGCGGUUCGCCUUCAUGACCAAGAGCGAGGUCGACCACCUCGAGGACGGCUACCGCUGGCGCAAGUACGGCCAGAAGGCCGUCAAGAACAGCCCAUAUCCCAGGAGCUACUACCGAUGCACGACGCAGAAGUGUGUGGUGAAGAAGAGAGUGGAGCGGUCGUUCCAGGACCCGGCGGUGGUGAUCACCACGUACGAGGGCAAGCACACGCACCCCAUCCCCUCCGCUCUCCGUGGCAGCACGCACCUCCUCGCCGCCCAGGCGGCGCACCUGCAUCACCAGCACCACGGCCACCUCGGCAUGCUGCCGCAGAUGGGCAUGGGCGGCCGCGCCGGAUCGCCGUUCGGCCGGAGCAGCGGCGGCGGCAUCGACGUGCUGGGCGGCCUCCUGCAGCCGCGCGCCCACCACGGCAUGACGCCGCCGAUGAUCGGCGCUGGCGCGGGCCACCAGGCGUCGACCCAGGGUCUGCCCGGCUCAAUCAGCAGCGUGGCGAGCGCCACCGCCUCGUCUCCUCCGUCGCUCCAGAUGCAGCACUUCAUGGCGCCGGACUUCGGGCUCCUGCAGGACAUGCUGCCGUCCUUCAUCCACGGCGCCGGCGGCAACAACAACAACAACCAGCCCUCAUCACCGUAUGGGAAGCUUCAUUAGUUAGCUAGCUAUAGCUAGAGAUAAUUAUGAGAUUUGGUUGGUUCUUGCUGCCUUAUUAACAUCCCCCAAUCGAUCUUGUUUUCCUUGAUUGUCUUCACUUCUUGAUUUGUUUCCUUCCUCGAUCGAUCCCGUGCUGCGAGAUGGUACAGAAUGAGUUUUUUCUGGGCCUCGUAUCAUUUCGAUGGAUCUAGCUCGCUAGCUAUCUAGCUUUUAGCAGUCAGUGUACUAGCAGUUCUUGUACAUGAAAGUACCUAAUUCCCCAUCUCAUGCAUAUAUUGCACUAUGUCGCCGGUACUGGCCAUGCAUGCAUGAGCUAUAUGUAUGACAAUUUUAUGCUCCUUGUGUC